CUGGCUGUGUGCAGUGGACAGAGUGGAAGAGGUAGCCAGUUCCUGGUUCAACCCAAAACGUUGUUCCUACCUUGAGGGUCCUAGAGGGACAGCGUAGAGAAUGCAGCUCUGGAAAUGAUGGACAGGUGUGAACACUCCGAGGCCCCUGUGUGCUGAGGUGUCCUGUCUUUUGGGCAUAAUUGAUCCCCGCACCACUGUCAGCAGCUACCAUGAGAUACUCCCCCGAAAUCAAGAAGUCCCCAUCGCACCUCCUGAAGAAGUUUGCAGUGUGUGACAUCCCUCUCUAUGACAUCUGUGACUACAACGUCAGCAGGGACCGGUGCAAAGAGCUCGGGUGCUGUUUCUACAAGGGUGUCUGCUAUGAGAAAGCUGUUCCCGUUUAUGUGCAGAUCUUCACUGCCCUGAUCAUGCUCAUUGCAAUCAUCUUUGCCAUCACCAUCACCUACAGAAUCAUACAUGAGUGUAGAACAAAGACAGGGGUCUUCGCGGAAACCCUACCAUCAGUUAACAUCUCCAGGAAGGAGUCUGAGCAGCUUUCUACUCAAGAACUGAUGUCGCUCAAACUUUCCCUUCCAACUGGCUCCUCCAAGAAGGGCACUGAGAGCCAAAUGGAAGCCGCGCUGACACUGUCAGAACACGAGGAGACGGAGGAGUAAAGAACACAAGGAGGCAGUGUUGGGAGAAUGUCGGCUAUAUCCCCCAGUGGACACCUUUAGUGCGUGACCGAGU